UAUAUUCUAAUUUAUGAUUUACUAUAUGCUAAAUUACUUUGUAAACGCUCGUGUACUUUAUAAAUGUGAGGUAUUCGUUUUAUUAUUCUCAAAGAAAGACCUGCAAAGGAAGUAUUGAAAAUCUCUGCAUUCCUCAUAUACCCUGAAGAACUUUAAUAUGAAAAGCCAGGCUCAUCUUUUCCAUCUCUGGGUAGGGAGGAAAAAAAAAGCCACAACAACAACCCUUAAUGUCUUUUUACAAAUAUAGACUCAAAAUGUCCUGAUUACAGUCUUCAAAAUCAGGUUAAAUGUCUUCAUCCCAAAUCAAUUCUGUUCUUCAAAGUGAUAUCUCUGACUUUUUUAUAUAUCAAUAGUAAGAAAGUUAUAGAAGCUAAUUUCACUUCAUAUUAAGCCACUUAUAGAUUUGGCUUUAACUUUAACUUGCUAAAGUAGAUGAGUUUUUAUACUAACAAUAUAAGUCUUUCUCAAAUAAAAUUUUCAGGUUUUAUAAAAUUAUUUAGUUGUCUCUGCCAGUUAAUUCAACUGGUUUUAGCCAUCUCUGUUUUCUAUUCCAAGAGGAGACUCAAAGGAGAAAUAGUUCUACAAUCAAAUACUGUGUAUGUCCAAUCCCAGUAGUCCCUCCAAAAAAAAAAAAAAAAAAGGCUUUAUGAAGUUGGCUACCUCAACCCCUGCCUUGAAUAGCACAAUAUCUAUCAUUAAAUCCCAAUCCCCAAUUCUCUGUCUUGUUUUUUUUUUUCCCAGAAACUUUAUCACACUGAAUCUAUCUACAAUAUCCUCCCCUAUCUUGCACAUCCAAAUGGCUCAUUCUGUUUUAUCUGUAUCCCUCUUGAAGUACUUCUUCAUUUUGCCGUUGCACUACAAUUAUUAUUAAACAUAUCUUUCUCUUUUUCUAGGUAAAAAAAAACUCCUUUUGGUUGAUAGCCAGUUUCUAUACAUCUCCCAGCACACUACCGAAGAAUAUAAAGCAUGAUGAGUUAAUGAAUGAUUGAAUGAGUGAAUGAAUGAAUGAAUAAAAAUAUCUAACAUAUAUUCCAUUAAGCAAAGGGCAUAUCAUAUCUGUAUACCCUUGUAAUUAAGACACAAUGAGAUAUGUGAGUUAUAAAAAUUAUAGUACAGUAAACAAUAAAUAAAAAAUCUUUAAAAGUAUUUAGAAGACAUUUUUGUCCAAAUUUGGGUAUUGCACGUCCUUCUCAUUGAGAUGCUGCUUCCUCAUUGGUUUGUGGUGAAAUAUGAGUGCAAUUUCCUGUCCCCUCAGCAGUGUUGGUUUCUCUUCUUGACUUGAUGCAGGCACAGAUUUAUCAAGCUCCUCGGUCAACAAACGCAUCACCCGAAGAAACAUGAAUACCUAGAGGUGGAAUUGCUGGAUCAUAUGGUACACAUAAGUGCCAAAUAGUUUUUUAAUCAACAGCGUAUGAGUCAAGGUGUUCUAUUUCCUCACUAACACUUGAUAUGUUGUCUUAUUUUCAUUUUAUUUAUUCUGUUGUGUGUGUAGAGGCAUAUCAUUUUAAUCUUAGUUUGAAUUCCUCUGAUGACUAAUGAAGUUGAGCAUGUAGGUUGGCCUGAAGUUUGCAGGAUCAAACUAACAAUGUAGACCCAGACCCACUUUCCAAGUGAGGACCCCACAGGCCACAAAUACUUAGGGUAUAAUUUUUUAUUAUAACUCCUCACAGAAAACAAGCAGGUGCAGGGAAAUUGCCAUCUUUUCUCUACUGUCUGCAAAUGUCUGUGGAGUUUGUUAUUUUCUUUUGUUUAUUUUCUAGUUCACCCUUUCCCUGACAGCAGAGGUUCCUGGAUCCCAUGUGUUUGGAAUGGUCAAGGACCCCUUCCUACCUGCAUAGGCCCAAGCUUUGUCUGUAGUUUCUCUGAUCCCUAGUUAGUUCCUCCAGAUCUACAUAUAUCUUCAGGCCAUCCAGAGCUUCAGUGCUCACUCACCUUCCUGAUAGCAGCUCCCACCUCCUUUGUUCCAUCACAAAUUUUUUCCCCCUUUGGAAGUCUCCCUAUUUAUUUAGAAGGCUGUUUUUCACAUCUUAUUCCUAUUUUUUACGUUGGUAAAGCUAAAAGGUUUCAGAAGUUUUAGUUCUCUGUUUAAGAGUGAAAUAUAUUCUCUCAUAUGGUUUACUCUUCUAGUAGAAUUCUUGUGACUUGUCCUGGCAUUUCUUUUUGUGUUCAGGACUCAUCAACAGUUGGAAGGGAGUGAUUCUGGUGUCCCGAAUAGUGUUUCUACAAAGCUUUCUGUGAAGGUAUUCACCAGGUUAAUCAUCUAAACCACCAGUAGAACUCACUAGCAAGGGGAUAUAGACAAAAUAUUUCUCUACUCCAGUAUGGAGAGAAGGAUGGAACCUUUACUCUUAUGUUAAUCUAAUCUGUGACAUCAUAGCUUUAAAAAGAUGCCUAAUAAACUAUCAGGUAUAAAGGCAGAAAUUAAUGAUUCUAAGAUUUUACCCAGAAUUGAGAAAAUUCUUUUCUCUCAUUUAUAGAAGUAUAAGAAAGAUAAAGUGUAUUAGCCUACAAAGGAAACAAAAAGAUUAACAGAGGUAGGGUUGUCUAAUUAUAUGCUAAGGUUUAACAAACUGCUACAUUUUAAAAUUCUACAACUUUGUUGUAUUUCUAUUAUACUAUUUCUUUGAAUAAUAAUGUAAUUUUUGAAAGUGCCAUAUACCUAGAUUGCAUAUGAAAUUAGAAAUUUGAAAUCAUAUAACCAUACAGUUGAUCACACACUGAAAAGUAUUUACCAAUCACAGACAAAUAAUAGAAAUCUUUAGCUACUAAAAUGGCUUUCUAACUUGAGUUUUAUGUUCUUAGGUCAUGUCCAUUGAGAAAUAAAAUUCACUGAAAUCCAGUAUACCUCAGAAAGAAAGGAAUUUUAGAAGGAAAUACCAAUCUCUAUGAAAACAAAGCCUUAUAUAUUCAUGUUUCUACCAAUCGACUGUGAGAUUUAUGAAGAAGAACAAAUUGCAGACAGCUCUCCAUGCACACUUACAAAUACCCCAGUUGAUCCUUGUGGGUUUUGUCAGUGUUCUGUGAUAAUGAACGCAUGGACUUCUGUUCAGUAAAUUCAGUUGAUCCCUUUAGCCAACUGUCAGGAGCCUGGAUUUUGACUUCUGACUGCUGGUGCUUGUGUAGAAAUUGAUCUACAUCCACCCUUUAAAAGCAUUGAUGAAUUAAUUAAAACUGUAAACAACAAAGAAAAAUUGAAAAAAAAAAUAGUAAAAGAGAAUCUGAUGUUCAAAACAAACUACAACGAAACAAGACUUACUUUUCUGUUUGCCUUCUAAGAACUAAUAUAAUUGCUACCUUAAAAAGAAAAACAUGAACAGCACAUGUAUUGAAGAACAGCAUGAGCUGGAUCACUAUUUGUUUCCUAUUGUUUACAUCUUUGUGAUUAUAGUCAGCAUUCCGGCCAAUAUUGGAUCUCUAUGUGUGUCUUUCCUGCAAGCAAAGAAGGAAAGUGAACUAGGAAUUUACCUCUUCAGUCUGUCACUAUCAGAUUUGCUCUAUGCAUUAACUCUCCCUUUAUGGAUUGAUUAUACUUGGAAUAAAGACAACUGGACUUUCUCUGCUGCCUUGUGCAAAGGAAGUGCUUUCUUCACGUACAUGAACUUUUACAGCAGCACAGCAUUCCUCACCUGCAUUGCCGUUGAUCGGUAUUUGGCUGUUGUCUACCCUCUGAAGUUUUUUUUUCUAAGGACAAGAAGAUUUGCACUCAUGGUCAGCCUUUCCAUCUGGGUAUUGGAAACCAUCUUCAAUGCUGUCAUGUUGUGGGAAGAUGAAACAAGUGUUGAAUAUUGCGAUGCCAAAAAGUCUAAUUUUACUUUAUGCUAUGACAAAUACCCUUUAGAGAAAUGGCAAAUCAACCUCAACUUGUUCAGGACGUGUACAGGCUAUGCAAUACCUUUGGUCACCAUCCUGAUCUGCAACCAGAAAGUCUACCAAGCUGUGCGGCACAAUAAAGCCACAGAAAACAAGGAAAAGAAGAGAAUCAUAAAACUCCUUGUCAGCAUCACAGUGACUUUUGUCUUAUGCUUUACUCCCUUUCAUGUGAUGUUGCUGAUUCGCUGCAUUUUAGAGCAUGAUGUGAACUUCAAUGACCACAGCAAGUCUGGGAAGCAAACUUACACAAUGUAUAGAAUCACGGUCGCAUUAACAAGUUUAAACUGUGUUGCUGAUCCAAUUCUGUACUGUUUUGUAACUGAAACAGGAAGAUACGAUAUGUGGAAUAUAUUAAAAUUCUGCACUGGGAGGUGUAAUACAUCACAAAGACAAAGAAAACGCAUACUUUCUGGGUCUACAAAAGAUACUUUGGAAUUAGAGGUCCUGGAAUAGAACCAAGGAUCUUUUGAAGGGAAGGGAGGUUUAAAGUACACAUUAUUAUAUCAUCAAGUCACAUUUUGAAAGGGAAACCUAGCAUGAGAGGGGACUAAGGGUUCUCAGAGUGAUAUUUUAAUCCUGUCCAAUAAAAUAUCUUAAAAGUGCAUUGUACAGCUCCCUCCCUGAGUUGUAUCAAAUGAGGUCUAUUAAACAAAGUUCAAAAGUUUC